AGACCAUGUAAGAACGUCGUGAUAGUACCUUGUCGAGUUAUCAGGAGUGAAAAUGACCAGAUCUCCAGUCCCCCAGGCUGACUGGCGAGCUCUCGUCGCAGCAAAACGCAAGCAACUGGACGCUCAAAUCCCAUUAGAGUGGCGUCUCAGCGACGACUUCCUAGCCUCGGUGCCCGCAGACGGCCAUCUGAUCGAGGCCGACCUUGUUCGCCAAAGUGGGAUUCUCGCUGAUAAAGAGCUCGACAUCACAGAGAACUACUCUGCGGUGGAUCUACUACAGAGACUUUCCGGUGGAGGCUUUAGUUCUGUAGAUGUCACAACUGCAUUUUGCAAACGGGCCGCGAUCGCGCAGCAGCUGACCUCAUGUUUAACAGAGCAUUGGUUUAAGAAAGCCAUUAAGCGCGCGCAGUUCUUGGAUGAAUACUUAGCACGAGAAAACAAGGUAGUCGGUCCAUUGCAUGGCCUUCCUAUCAGCAUCAAAGACAGUUUCUGCGUGGAAGGUAUCCAGAGCACAGUUGGAUAUGUCUCGCUUCUUCGGGAGGAGCCGGCGUCGCAUGAUUCAGCCCUAGUUGAGAUGCUCCUCGACCUAGGCGCAGUGCUGUACGUCAAGACGAAUAUCCCGCAGACGAUGAUGGCAGGGGAUUCCGACAAUAACAUCUUCGGCCGGACUCUUAAUCCACACAAUACGAAUCUAACAGCCGGAGGAUCAAGCGGUGGAGAGGGCGCGCUUGUAGCCUUCCGAGGCUCGAUCCUGGGGGUGGGAACAGACAUCGCAGGGUCAAUCCGCAUUCCAUCUCUCUGCUGCGGCGUAUACGGCUUCAAGCCUACCUCAGACCGUAUCCCAUGGGGCGGCCAAGUGCCAGGUCUAGCUAUACAGGGCAUUCCAGGCAUAAAGCCAUCGGCAGGUCCACUGGCCCAUAGUCUAGAAGAUAUCGAGCUUUUCAUGGCCACUGUUCUCAAGGCCCAGCCCUGGAAAUACGAUGUCACUGCCAGUGCAGCACCGUGGCAAAAUCUCCCACACCACGAUAUCUCGCAGGGAAGGUUAACAAUAGGCAUUGUGCCCGAAAGCAAAGACUUCCCACUGCAUCCUCCUGUACGGAGGUCCCUGCAGUCCGCGAUAACUUCUCUCUCCCAGCGCGGCCACCGUAUAAUUCACCUCCCAGACGAACCCUCGCGAGAUCUCGCCUGCGUAAGCCGUUUAGCAUUUCAAUACUUCACGUACGGGCCACAUAUCGACCACAUCGCGGCCAGCGGCGAGCCGCUCGUGCCAUCCGUCGCUAAAAUGUCCUCGCCGAUGUUCACCGGCCCGUUUCCGGUUGAUAUGGAUCUACCGCCGUUUGAAAAGAUCGAAGCCCUGCAUAGACUCAGACACGAAUAUGCUGAUGCAUGGCGCAAGGUCUGGGUUGAGAACGGACUGGAUGUUAUUCUUGGCCCUGGGGCGCAGAAUACGGCUGUUCCGCAUGAUACAUUUGGAUGGCCUCCUUAUACGGUAGUGUGGAAUUUACUUGAUUACCCUGCGUGCAUUAUCCCUUAUGGCAAAGCGUCUAAGGAACUUGAUUCGGUUCCCAUGGUUAUUGACGACGUCGUGCAGCCUAGCUACGACCCUGAUGCUGUUGAUGGAGCUCCCUGCGCCAUCCAGGUAAUAACGCCACGCUUCCAGGAUGAAAAGUGUCUCUACGCGGCGCGGAUUAUAGACCAAGAUAUUCAAUGAGUGUAUUUAUACUAGCUGAAGGUUGUCCAUUUUCUAUAUCUCAAUAUAUGGCCAAAUACUUUUCAUAAUCAAUU